AAGGUGCGUGAAGUUCUUUAGCAAGCCAGAGUGACUCUAAAGGUAGGGACAGCCCUAGCAGCAGCUAAAUGAAAGUGGGUGGGCUACGGGAGAAUUCCUGCCGCCCUGGCAUUCUGAGCUACUUUAUUAAGACUGCAUGCAGCCCAAGAGAACUGGCUGUACUCCCUGCUGCAAGCCUAGGACAAGCUGCAUUACACACGCUGUAGCUCGGCUCUAGCCUCUUCUAAAUUGGAAUACAAUGCAAAGGAUUUCCAGUCUCCCUUUCUGCUGCCUGAAGGGACUCUGAGCAGCUUUCUUGUAACCUUAUGUUUUAGUUUCACUGUGGCACCAGGCUUUCCGCUCAGGUUAUGAAGGCAGCCUUAUACUCCCGCUGGCAUGACUGGCCAGUGUACCAUGAAAGGACAUACCAGUCUUCCUGGUGAGCUGAUUGCUCACUUUAAGCCCUAAUGGUCUAUCCCUUCUGAAGACUGGGCUGAAGUAUCCACUAGCUGACUUGCCUCCUAUUCCUGCUGUGAUUCCCUCCUUCUACUUGGCGCGCCAUGGGAGGAUGCUUCUCCAAACCAAAACCAGAACUGCACUGCUCCCAGGCUCAGCCCCGAAGGCACCGCUGUACACUUUCUAUCUGCCCUCCGGAUCCUCAUGUUGAAGUGAAAAUUGAGGUGGUGCUACCAGAGAAAGAGAGGGCCAAGGAAGAGAUGUCACCCAAUGGGAAAGCCAGUCCACUUGUUUACAAAGUCAAUGGGACUGCCCGGCAUUACCACCUUGAAGAACAUCCCAUCACCAUCAACCCCUACCAGAAUGUCAAGGAUGUAGUGGAAGCCUCUGUGUGUCAUGUGAAGGACCUUGAGAAUGGACAGAUGCGCGAAGUAGACCUGGGUUGUGGGAAGGCUCUGCUGAUAAAGGAAAAUGGAGACUACUAUGCAAUGGGACACAAAUGCCCUCACUACGGAGCCCCACUGGUGAAAGGGGUUUUAUCCAAAGGAAGAGUGCGCUGUCCCUGGCACGGGGCUUGUUUCAGCAUUGGCACUGGUGAUAUAGAGGACUUUCCUGGCUUGGACAGCUUACCCAAAUUCCAGGUGAAAAUCGAGAAGGAGAAAGUGUACAUCCGAGCGAGCAAACAGGCUCUUCUGACGCAAAGAAGGACAAAGGUUAUGGCAAAAUGUAUCUCCCUCAGCAACUACAAUAUCAGUAGCACCAACGUGCUGAUCAUCGGAGCAGGUGCUGCUGGAUUAGUUUGUGCAGAGACCUUAAGACAGGAAGGUUUCUCCGACAGGAUCGUCAUGUGCACAAUGGACAGACACUUACCCUAUGACCGACCCAAGCUAAGUAAGUCAAUGGAUUCCCACUUAGAUCAGAUCACCUUGCGCCCUAAGGAAUUCUUCCGUACAAAUGACAUUGAGGUCCUGACUGAAACACAGGUUGCGGCUGUGGACAUCAAGAACAAGAUAGCUGUGUUCAAGGAUGGAUUUAAGAUGGACUAUAACAAACUGCUGAUAGCAACUGGAAACACGCCCAAAGCCCUUAGCUGUAAAGGCAAAGAAGUUGAGAAUGUUUUCAACAUCCGAACCCCUGAAGAUGCCAACCGGGUAGUGAAAUUGGCCAGCAGCAAGAAUGCAGUUAUAGUGGGAGCCUCUUUCCUUGGGAUGGAGGUGGCAGCCUACCUGACAGAGAAGGCCCAUUCCGUGUCUGUGGUUGAGCUGGAAGAAGUGCCUUUCAAGAAGUUCUUUGGGGAAAAGGUUGGCCAAGCUCUCAUGAAGAUGUUUGAAAACAACAGGGUGAAGUUCUACAUGCAAACUGAAGUGUCUGAGCUGCGGGAGCAGGAGGGCAAGCUUAAGGAAGUUGUCCUGAAGAAUGGGAAAGUCCUCCGUGCGGAUGUCUGUGUCAUCGGCAUAGGUGCAAGUCCAGCAACAGGAUUUCUGAAGCAAAGCGGCAUUAACAUUGAUUCCAAAGGCUUCAUUGUCGUUAACAAGAUGAUGCAGACCAACAUCCCAGGAGUUUUUGCGGCUGGUGAUGCUGUCACCUUUCCACUGGCCUUGCGUAACAACAAGAAGGUGAACAUCCCUCACUGGCAGAUGGCACAUGUGCAUGGCCGCAUAGCAGCUCUGAACAUGCUGGCCCAUGGCACGGAGAUCAGCACUGUCCCCUACCUGUGGACGGCUGUGUUUGGGAAGAGCAUACGAUAUGCAGGCCACGGGGAAGGAUUUGAUGAUGUCGUCUUUCAAGGCGAUUUAGAUGAACUGAAGUUCGUGGCAUUUUACACCAAGAAUGAGGAGGUGAUUGCUGUGGCUAGUAUGAACUAUGACCCGAUUGUGUCCAAAGUCGCUGAGGUCAUGGCCUCUGGGAGAGCAAUCAGAAAACGAGAUGUGGAAACUGGAGACAUGUCUUGGUUAACUGGAAAAGGCUCUUAACAUGGAAGAAACUGAUUUCUGCUGAGGCUGCACUUGCCCCAGAGGAGACCGGGAUGACCAGGAGGCUCCGCUGCUAAAUGCAAAUCUAAUCAGCUGAGUCAUUGCCUCCCUCACGCUUUGAAGAAUCCAGCAUCUUUCACUGAACCAUUAUAUUCCCAACAACGCCCUCUGUACACACAGCUGGUGGUUCUGACGCACCAGUGGCAACCUGCAUGCGUGGGCUCUGCAGAGUUUAAAAACCCUAUGGAAACACAAGGAGAAUACAAGAUCCCCGAGGAAGCACUGACUUGCCCUGGUCUUCAGAGUCUGAAGCAAGCACAUGCUCUAGCACCGACAGCUGCAUCUCUCCACGAGCCCUGCUGGCUGCAGGGACAUGUGGCGAAUAGAACGGAACUUACUGGCACUUUCUUCUGGUAGGGAGGGACUGCCUGCCAAAACAAGGCAAACUAGUCAUCCUGGCUGCAUGAUAAAGUUGGCCCCCUCCCUGGGACAUGUCUGCUCCCCCUAUAAACAAUACCACAGCCUUUCACUGCACCCCAUGCUCCCGACUGCACCCACAAUACGCACCCAACUAGCCUACCCCUCACACACACGCCACUCACAUCCAAGCAUGCCCUCACCAACACCCUGCAUCACUCUCCAACCUGCACCAACCCCCCUGCUCUCCCCUAGACACCUUAUGGUGCCACCCUCACACAACCGCUUGCCCCCCCCCCGAAUUCCCCCAACCACAUUCACUUUCCACCCACAGUGUCAUCUACACCCACACAGCUUCAACCACAUCGAUGGGCUCCCAUUCAGAUCCUUACCGGCACAAUCCGAAUCAUAUAGCUUCACCUUUAUCCACACCCUCAGCCAUAAGCACAGGUACACAGCUCCCAGGGGCGAGCCUCCCAGCCCAGGUCGACAGACUCCAGUUUGCCGGGCUAGCACACUAAAAACAGCUGUGUAGACAGUGCUUUGCCGCUGCAGCUUGGACUGAAACUUGGGCUCCUCGACUUCCAGUCCAAGCACUGUCUACACAGCUAUUUUUGGAGCACUAGCCCAGCAAGUAUCCUUGGAAUGUAGAGUCUGACUCUUGUGUUAAUUGCAGUCAGUUGCUAGAUGUGGAAGUUAAACUCCCUGUUCUGUAAAGACCCUGGUCUCCCUUUUUCAGUUUGUAAACACAUGGGCUAGGUUCAGCCUUUCCCAGUUCCCCAGGGACCAGUUUUGACCUCACUUACACUGGAAUGAUGCUGGUGCAACUCCAUUGUUCCAAUGGAGUUACUCCUGAUUUACAUCAGUGUAAGUGAGACCAGAACAAGCUUUGUGAUCUCCGAAAGAUCUCAAGUAUAAUUGUCAGUGGUUGUGAUACCAUUUCAUCUUAUUCCUUUAGCAUCCCAGGGUGAAUGUUAUCAGAUCAUCCUGUUUUGAAUACAGAUCUAGUCAUCUUGGUCUCUUUCACAGAAUCAUAGAAUAUCAGGGUUGGAAGGGACUUCAGCAGGUCAUCUAGUCCAACCCCCUGUUCAAAGCAGGACCAAUUCCCAACUAAAUCAUCCCAGCCAGGGCUUUGUCAAGCCAGGCCUUAAGACUCCUCCAAGGAAGGAGAUUCCACCACCUCCCUAGGGAACCCAUUCCAGUGCUUCACCACCCUCCUAGUGAAAAAGUUUUUCCUAAAAUCCAACCUAAACCUCCUCCACUGCAACUUGAGACCAUUACUCCUUGUUCUAUCAUCUGCUACCACUGAGAACAGUCUAGAUCCAUCCUCUUUGGAACCUCCCUUCAGGUAGUCGAAAGCAGCUAUCAAAUCCCCCCUCAUUCUUCUCUUCUGCAGACUAAACAAUCCUAGUUCCCUCAGCCUCUCCUCAUAAGUCAUGUGCUCCAGCCCCCUAAUCAUUUUUGUUGCCCUCCGCUGGACUCUUUCCAAUUUUUCCACACUCUUUAACUUGCUUCUGCCUGAUCCAGCCCCAUAAACACUCCCUUCUUCUUCAGUUGUUUUGCGUAAGUCAUUAGACAGCAAGGCCUCCCUGUCAUUGGUAUCACUCAUUUCUAGUCCCUGCUCUUUCUGCUGUAACUAUCGGCAGAGGGCGUAACCGGAACAGAACACAGCAUUUCAGUCAGGGAUGUACCAAUGACUUACAAAUGGCAUGAUCAGCUUUUCAGUAUUAUUGUCCACAGCACUCUUUGCAGUGAUGCCCAGGUCUCGGUCUCUGUGACUUGACCUUACACAUCCCUGCUGUCACCCUUUCUCUCCACCCCCGCUCUGCCCCCUGGAAUGAAUCAUUUUCCGUAUUUUUUUAUUCCCUUUGUUUUAAGAUCUUUAAGAAGUUUUCUAAGACCCCGGUGCAGCCAUACUGGCUCUUCUCUUCCUUCCCUGCUGUGGCCUUAUCCAGACUAGGACAAAGGUGAGUUUUUUAAAAAUCAUGUUGGCUAAUACAUUUUAAUUAAGUGCUAUUUAAAAACGCAUUAGCCACUAAUGUAGAUAGGUUCUAACUCCUUUAAAAUGUGUUAGCUGAUUGUGGCCAGUCCUAGCCCAUUCCAAGAGUUCAUGUCAGCCGGCUAACAUGUGGGAAAAUACCACUUGCCCUGUCUACUCCAACGUUUUGAGCUGUUAGUUCACCCUAUUUUAAAAGCACCUCUUUCUCCAUCCAGACAAGGCCUGGGAUUGGGAACCCCCUGCCCCCAUAGCAAGUAAGCAGGAGUAGAGGCGAGUCUAGGGAUGAAGGUGUGAGCGUAGGGGGCAGGUGGAAACUGAGAAGCACAUGUCCUGCUGCCUCUUUGGCAGAAGGGGGAAAGACAAGCAACAGGCCCAGGAACCAGUAGGGUUUUUCAUGAGGGAAGGAGCAGAGAAGGGGGCAGGGAGUGAAGGGCUGAAUCCCAGGCAGAGAGGAGCAGCUGGAGCCACUGCUCUUUUAAUGGAGGUGGGAAAGGAGGUGAGGGACUCAGCCAUCUGCAGGUGGUGCUGGAAGGCUUCCUGCUCCCAAGAGAGGCAAUAGCAGCAGGAACAACAAUGGCUGGUCCAUGUCAGCAGGCUGGAGAGCAGCAAGAACUGACUUGGCUGGAGGACUGGGAUCAGCAGAAACCUGUAGGGAACAUAGAGGGUUCAGAGGCCCCUUGAUGAUGGGGGAGCUUGGAGGCCCCGGGCACUGUUCAGAAACCCCCUCUUCAGCUUCAGUGCUGCUUCCCAUCUGUGCUGGUCCCACUAAAUGCAGCCCAUACCCACCUGCAGGAUCCCCAGGCAACCACUUAAGUUUUCUCCUUUUAGAGCUGUCCCAUUAGAGUGCGAUUGAACAGGGAUGCUGGGCUUUUAAGCCCUGUGUAGCCUCUAUGGCUCAUUUAACCUUUCUGAGGCUGAGAAAUUUCCUUGUUCCUCUUGAAUUCUCUUUCUCUCCUCCCCUCAAGGUCACUCAAGACCACUCCUCCGCAGGCUGGAGGUAGGAGGGGUCAGCAUGGAGGAGCCUUUCAUGUUUGCAGUCUCAUUGCCAGGUUAUUUUCAUAUGUCCUUGGCUGCUUCCUCCACCCUCUGCCUGGAGAACCCACCCACUUCCUCUUUCGAUUCACUACCUUCUCCUCUUGAUUUCUACCUCGUAGCUAAUUGCUCCGCUGUGUUCCCCCAACAAACUACCUCUCUCAGUUUGUCAAUAACUAAUUAUCCUUUAUCCUGCUUGGGUUCUCCAGCUUCCCACAGCAAAUCCAGCUGUCUGCCUCCUCCACGUGUUUUCUGGUCUUCUCGCUCGGCCUUAUGCAAAGGGCUCUUGGGUGUAAAGACAAGCAAAGCAGCCCUUGCCCCUGCGUCCAUUAGCUGUACGUACCAGCCCCUUUCCACCAUUGCCCCACGCACAUAGACACUCGUUUCUUCUCACACCAAACCUGUCCAGCAGGCCACAGGAAGUGUAUGUGGAUGCUCAACUCCUUGGGGCAGCAACUGUGACCAGAAUUAGACCUCUGAAUGGGGAAGAUUUUCAACAAGAAAGCAGCGACCUGCCCAUUUACAAGUGAAAGUCCCAUCUGUGCCUUUGAAAAAAACCUCACUUAGGGGCCAAACGUUAGGCAUCAACACUUGAAAAUGUUGCCAUUUGUUCUUACUUGCUAUUAAAGAUGGUCAACAUUUUUGAAAUAAAAGGUUUUCCAUUGAAAAAAAUAGCUUUUCCCCCCAUGUGAAAUAUUUCAUAAACUUUGUUGUUAUUGAAAUGGUUCGUUUUCUCUGGAAUUUGGGGAGAAAUUUUUAAUUGACAUUUUUAAUCUAAAACUUUCGUUUGUCAAAAAGUCAGGUUUUGGCAAAAACAUAAGGGCAAUAUUGGUUUUGAUAAAAGAUUAGCUAAAAAACUUUGAUUUGAAACAAGGCACAAAAUUCCUGAAAAAUGGAAAAGGUUUCAUUUCAAACCAAAUGAAAUUUGUUAUGAAAUUGUGUUGCUUCCUUUUUUGACCAGAUCCGUUUGCUGUUUAAAGAAUUGUGCGCUGCAUCCUCAUUAUGCAAAACAGAGCCACCAAAACCUACUAUGCGGAAGAAGCAAUUAUGUAUGGCAUGGAAAGAGAAUCUAAGCUUAACACUCAGUAAUAUGCAUGGACUGUCUUAUUUAUUGUGAAUGCCAUGAGCAUGUUGCAAUGCAUAAUGAAUAGAUCUCUGCGCAGAUUCUCCUGCAGUUACAUACACACAGUUGCCACUGGAUUUAACAGGAACUAAGUGCAAACCAAUGUGAGAGAAUCAGGCCUGGGUCUACAUUAUAUCCCUCCUGACUGUAAUCAGCUGUAGGGCAUUCAAUUGGGGCACUCCCAGAAUGCCUUUUUUCCCCUUUUUCCUGUUGUUCCUUUCAGAAUUUUUAAAUUAGCAAUAAUUAGACUGAUUAUAAUGAAGCCCCUCCUGAGAGGGUAAUGAGUGAUUGUGAACUGUGGGAGGAGCAGGCAGUGUGUGAGGAUCUGUGUGAGAAGGGAGAUGAGACAUUUUCUUAUCUAUUGUUAUCAUCUGUACUGACAAAUGUUCUGAUUGUAGGUGGCUAAUCUUCCUUUCCUCACUGUAGAUGCUUAUAGGGGGAAUCUGCAUAUUCAUCUAGUGCUCUGAAUGGAUGAAUGUAAAUGUAACCUGAAUAAUAAAGACCAAGCUUCCAGCUGAUAA